UCGCAGGCGUGUCGCGGAACGGUUGCUGUUGGUGUAGACAAGUCACGUAUAAAUAUAGUUCGUUGAAGCUCGUUUCUUUCGUUAUUGACUGCAGGGAGAGUAACGUUAGUUAGUCUGUUUGUGCAUUUGCUUUAUCGUUAGGCGUUUGCUUCAUGUUGUGAAUUAGGCUACCCUUUCAUUUAAAAUCCACAAUUUCACCUAAGAAUGAGUGAUAACGAUGAUAUCGAAGUCGAUAGCGACGAAGACUCAUCGAGAUAUCACAAUGUGGCUGACAAACGGGCACACCACAAUGCACUGGAGCGCAAGCGUCGGGAUCACAUCAAAGACAGCUUUCACAGCCUGCGAGAAUUCCGUGCCUGCUUGCAAGGGAAAGGUUGGGUGGCGUCACUCCUACGCGACGCUCGUCCUCCUAACAGGGACCAGUGCAGCGGAAUCGUCGCGCGCUAUUCUGACCAAUCUAUCAAACAGGCGUCCCGAGCUCAGAUCCUAGACAAAGCCACGGACUAUAUCCAGUACAUGAGGAGGAAAAACCACACCACCAGGCAGGCAUUCGACGACCUGAAGAGGCAGAACGCUCUGCUGGAGCAGUCAGUGCGUGCCCUGGAGAAGGUGAAAGGUUCGACGCAGCUCCAGGCCAGCUACAGCUCUUCAGACAGCAGCCUGUACACCAACCCUAAAGGCAGCGCUGUGUCCGCCUUCGACGGAGGUUCUGACUCCAGCUCCGAGUCGGAGCCAGAGGAACCCCCCGCCCCCAGGAAGAAGCUCAGAGUGGAGGCCAGCUAGGACGCUGCACUAGCCCACAGUGCCACGCCUGGUGUGGAAGGGUACUGCAGGCACGGGUACUGGUCCAGUAGUCAGUACUGCUCCUGUAAUUCCCAAUACAUUGGCCUCCCUCCUUUCUUUCUGUGGAUGUGCUCUCACUGGAUAGUGAAGACUCCAAUCCUUCCCUCAUAUGUCUAUCCUGAAGUCCCUUCAUCACGCCAUCCGCUGGAGAGGGAGGGAAGACAGCUGAGAGGAAGAACACUGAUUUAGAACGUAACGUGGAAGGGGAAAAAAACAUUUUCCCUUUCUCGCUCUCUCUCCCCUUUCCUCUCUCUUUGACUUCUCAGCAUCGGUAUCUCUCUCAGCAACGUCAACUAUCCAAAACCCAAAAUUAGGAAUUUUCGCUCUGUGGAGGACUCAAUGAUUUUGUACCCUCUACUACGUACUCUCUCCUCCCAGUGGAAAACUACGGAGAGAAGAGGCGUACUCCUCCAAGCACUGCUGAAAUACUUUUUUGUUGUUUUUUUGUCUUGAUAAGAACCUGUUUUAGAAUUUACACACGUCAAGAAGAGUCGUCCUGUCUGUCGGAGAAGCUUACCUUUUUAAACCCUUUAUUUAAACCAACUUUUUUUCCACAAAAAUCAUUUGGACACACUUUGAAGCUAAAUAUUGAUGUAAAAGUGAAACAAAAACCCACCUCAGGCCCAUAUAAUUAGUUUUCCAUUUUGACACACGUUGGUUAAAUUAAAACAAAUAUAACCCCCUUUGUAGAAAAUCAUUGAUGUUUUGGAAAAAAGGACCAGAUUCCUUCCAUCUUUUAUCUUGAACUAGUGAAUGAGUUUAGGUGGCUGAGUCAGUUAAUCUCCAUGUUUUAAAUAAAUAAAAACGUUAUUGAAUGUUUGUUUUCAAGUUCUCAAAAAAUGUUAUGCAUUUUGUAUUCUCACAAAUUUGUCACUUGUAGUUGUCCUUCAAGGUAUGAAAUAGAUAUGAAUGUCAAAAUGUAGUUCCCAUUUUUUUUUCAAUUUGAGGAGAAAAUGACGUCCCUUUCAACGUGUUGUGAAUUACACAGUGAACUCUUAAUGUCGGCGACUCCCCAAGUAAAAA